GUUCAUAAACCGCGUAUCGAUAUCUGUGGGGCAGCUGGUGGCGGGAGAUUCGCGCAUGGUCCUGCACGUCAACGAUCAUCUUUGAGCGCUUCUCUACUUUCAGGAUUUGCCUUUCGCUCUUUAAAUUACAAUGGCGCUGCAGCAAAACGGGAUCGGAUCCAAACACAGCGGUGACACUUCCAGCGAUCGCCCAUCUACGAACGGGAGCGGAGAAGUCCAGCGUGACCGGGCUGGGUUCACGUUCACCUCCGAGCCCACUCUUGAGGACAUCCGCCGCAUGCAGACUGAAUUCACGGAAGAGAGGAACUGGAACCAGUUCCACAAGCCGCGGAACCUGCUGCUGGCGCUGGUCGGGGAGGUCGGGGAGGUGGCGGAGCUCUUCCAGUGGCGCGGGGAGGUGGAGGAGGGUCUGCCGGACUGGACCGAGCCGCAGCGGGAGCACCUGGCCCAGGAGCUCAGCGACGUGUUGAUCUAUCUGGUCGAACUGGCAGAGAAAUGCCACGUUGAUCUGCCUCAAGCUGUCCUCCGCAAAAUGGCCCUUAACCGACUCAAGUACCCGGCCAGCAAAGUUCACGGGUCUGCCAAGAAGUACACCGAGUACAAGGACUGAUG